AUGGAGGUUCCGCUGUUCGGUCACUCCGCGAAUUCUUGCCCCACGGCUGCCAACAAACCCAGUUCUACCAUUUCUCUUCGGCUCCAAUCUGACAUCACACGUCAUCACGACAACUGGAGCCAUGAUGGCGACUCCUCUGUCACCCUCGAAUACAUGCGUCGUGAGUUGGUCUCGAAUCCUCCCGAAAGUGACAGAAUGAUUGUCGUUCACGCGCAGGAGUUGAUGGCAGCUGGGAACGAGAUGUCCUAA